AUGCCCCGACGGGUGGUGACUCUGGUGGCCGGGCUGCUGUUGCAUGGGCUGCUGGCGGCUGGGCUGCUACUGCAAAUGCUGCUGGCGGCUGGGCUGCUGCUGCAUGUGCUGCCGGCGGCCGGGCCGGCGGCGGCGGCGGCCCCGAGCCGGCCGGACCCCGGGGCCCGGUGGUUCGAGGAGGAGGUCGUGCCGACGUUUGCGCGGCUGGCCGAGCUGGACCGGCGCCGGGGGUCGGGGGAGCCGCUCGGCCUUGAGGAUGUGGCGGUCGGGCUGGCCGCGGCCCUGGCGCCGGGGCCUUCCGGCGGGUCGAUCUUCACCGGCCCGGUGGCCGGGCUGCUCGAGCGAUCGGCCAUGCAGCUGUGGGCCCUGUACGCGCGGCAGGUGGAUGCGCUGGCCGGCCGCCCGGCCGUGGUCAGCGAGCAUGGGCAUGGCCGGGCCACGGGCCGGGGCGCCGCGGGGGCCGUGUGCCGGCCGGCCUGGCCGGGCCCCGAGCCCCAGGUGUGUCGGCUGGCGCCGGCGAACCGGGCGCUGGACACGCCGCCCGGGGCCGCGGACAGCCACACGCACGACGCCCAGUGGGCAUCGCGAUGGCUGGCCAGCGCGCCGGGGCCCCUGGUCGACAUGUACUGGGCCAUGUGGGAGUUGCAGGCCCGGCAGCCGGGCCCGGGGUCGUGGAGCCGUCACUCGGGGGCGUGGGCCGCCGCGGCCGGGCCGGGGCUCGGUGCCGUGACGCCGGCCCGGUACCGGGGCUUCCUGUCGAUGCACUUGGCGCGGUUGCCGCGGUUGCCGCGGGUUUCCCUGGCGGACCUGCUGCGGGGGCUGGGCCGGGAGCGGCCGGCGCCGGGCUUGCAUCCGGCCGCCCGGCGGGCCCUGUGCUGCCUUUUCGGGCAGGCGUGCUGCGGGAGCGGGCUCCCGCCGCCGGGGCUGGGCGACCUGCUGGCUGCCUUCCCGCACCUGGCCCGGGCCGACCCCGGGCCGGGGCGGCUGCUCUUCGACGAGCGGCACUACACCGAGCCGUCCUUUGCCUUGCCGCGUGCGGCUCUCGCCGAUGGGGGCCUGCUGGCCGAGCGCCUGCUCGGCGCGAUGCUGGCCCCGGAGGCCCCGCCCUUCGGCUGGCUCUUUGUCACGACGGCCUUCCUGCCGGCGCUCGGGGAUGGUCCGUCGGCCGGGGGUGGUCCGUCGGCCGGGGGUGCUCCGUCGGCCGGGGGUGGUCCGUCGGCCGGGGGUGGUCCGUCGGCCGGGGAGGCCCUGCCCCUGGCCCGGGCCCCGUGCGAGCUUGUGUCGGCGGAGUUCCUGGCCGGCCUGUGCUUCUAUCUGGGCGAGCGGGUGGCGGGCCUGCGCGGGCCGGGCCCCGGUGGCCGGGCGGUCGUCCUGCUGGAGCUCGGCGCGGCCGAUGGGCGCCUCAGUCACUACCUGUCUUCGUGCCUGCAUGGCCCGGACAUUCGCAUCGUGGCCACCGACCCCCAGCCCGCCGGCCUGGGCACCUUCCCGGUGGAGGUCCUGCCGCUGGACGCCUCGGCGGCCAUCGACCUGGUGACCGGGGCCCGGUGGCGCGCGCGGGCCUUCGGCGACGCGCCGACCACCGGGCAGCCCCCGGCGCUGGUUGUCCUGGCAAGCUGGCUGUCGCAGGGGGCCGACUGGAUCGAGGCGGCCCGGCGCGGUGGCGCCGACGAAUACCUCCUCCUCGGGGAGCGGGACUUCGGAGCCAGCGGCCAGCCCUGGGCCACCUGGGGCGCGCGCGAGGCCGAUCCGGCGGUGGCCGCCGCCGCCGCCGCGCCGGCUGACCCCGGCCAGCCGGCCUUCAUGCUGGAGGGAUACCGGGCGGUGGAGCUGGCAGGCCUGGCCCCGCUGCAGGUGUCCCGGUUCGAUGGGUUUGGCCCGGGCCAGGGCGGCGGCCGGUUCCGAUCGCGCGUGGUCUCCUUCCGCCGCACGGCCCCUCCGUAG